CGGGGCUGAGCUGACCCUGGGGCCGGUGAGUCAGCGGAGGUUGAGAUGAGCCUUCAGAGUGCAUGGAACAUAGUAGAUGCUCAGUAAAUAGCUGUUGAAAAAUGAUGAUCACCAAGGCAGGAGGAUCACUUCAGCCCAAGAGUUCGAGACCAGCCUGAGCAACAUACCAAGACCUCCAUUUCUACAAAAUAUUAAAAAAUUAGACGGACACCUGCAGGUGGAAGAAGGAAGAGCUCUACCACCCUUCACUUCUUUUGUCUGGCUACAGCACCUUCGGAAUCAUGGCACUGUCGCUAUGGAAGGGGCUGGUGGGCAUUGGCCUCUUUGCCCUAGCCCAUGCCGCCUUUUCUGCCGCUCAGCAUCAUUCUUAUAUGCGAUUAAUGGAAAAGGAAGAUGAAUCCCUGCCAAUAGAUACAGUUCUUCAGACCCUUCUGGCCUUCGCAGUUACCUGUUAUGGUAUAGUUCAUAUUACAGGGGAGUUUAAAGACAUGGAUGCCACUUCAGAACUAAAAAAUAAGACAUUUGAUACAUUAAGGAAUCACCCAUCCUUUUAUGUAUUUAAUCAUCGUGGUCGAGUACUGUUCCAGCCUUCAGAUUCAACAAAUUCUUCAAACCAAGAUACAUCGUCCUCUAACACAUCGCUGAAGUUAGGAAAACUUCAAUCGCUACGUCGUUAAGAUUUUUACAAAUUAUAACAGGACAGGACACAGAGCUGGAAUAUUGGAGUUUGGGGUAAAAAAGACUCUCCCCAUCAGUAUUUAUACUGAUCUUUCAUACUUAAUUUAAAAAAACUAUGGCUCUUGUUUACACACUGUUAAUUGAAUCAUUAAUGCAGUAUAAGUUACCUGUGGAAUGAGUCUUUGGUAUUUCAUACGAGAAUUUUUUUUUUCAUUUAAAACAAACUUAUGUCUUUUGUAAAAGCCACUGUUUUGAACACGUUUCCUUGGAAAAUGUUGAUGGUUUUUGUGAUUAUUUAUAUUCUUAGAUUUCUUUUGCACUAUAGUUUUGGAAUCCUUUUGGAAAUACCGCGUGACUACUGCAUUUUGCAGCACGAAUUAUAGCAAAAUGGUCUUUACUUCUCAACAUAUGGACUUCCCUAAUGAGACCAAAAUGGUGACUUACUGGUGUUUCUUGUGUCCCCUAAAAAGUGUCUCUGCUAUGGUAGAUACUUGCCAGCUUUUAAUUUAUCCAUGACUUCUCACCCCACCCCACUCCUAAAUAAGCAAAACUAACUAAAUAAAUAAAUA